AUGAACGAAUCAGAAAACCUCAAUCAUUUGGCCUCCAGAUGUCGCAAUGGAGUUGUGUAUGAAGUGACUGUCAACCAUUCGCCUUAUGGCUGUACCGAAGAAGUUGUCGUAUGUUUUGACCCCUGCGGAACCGCUAUGAUGCUGGUGAAACUUCGGCGACAAACAGACUUCGUCAAACCCUUGAGGCAACACCUCUCCGAUCACUGCUACACGUCGCGAAAGUGCUCUUUAGAUGAAAGCGCUGCUCUCUGA